UGCUUGCAUAUAAAAUUUCGCAACAGAGCGGCUUGCAGCUUAAAUAUUUUAGUCGUAAUUAAAUGCAUUAUGCUUGUACUCUAAUCGGUGUUGGAAGAGCUUUAUAAUGAGCGGCAGCAUUGUUCAGUACUAUGGCAGCCAGCACAGCAAGUGCGGCUACUGCGCGGGAGCGAACUGCAGCCUGUCGCACGGUAUGCACGCGUAUCGGCUGGACUGCAAGGACUACCAGGACCUCAUUGAUCGUGGCUGGCGGCGGUGCGGCCACUACUGCUACAAGCUGCGCAACCAGGAGACCUGCUGCCCCUGCUACACAAUCAAGUGUAAUGGCCUGGAGUUCAAGCUGUCCAAGUCGAACAAGCGCAUUCUUCGACGCAUAAAUCGCUUUUUGCGCGACGGCAAGCGAGAUUCCAAACCGGAAGCCGGCGACGGUGACGGGGAAGCCGAAGCCGAUGACGCCAUAGGGGCUCCCGAGGUCACGGCCAGCGAACCGCAACCCCAGCUGCCCGAUAAGAGUCCCACUGUUAUCAAUGUCGAUCAUGUUGCAUCACUGGCAACGGCUCAGAAGAAGCCGACGAUGCAGGCAACUGCUCCCGCGGGCGAAGCUCCUACGCUGGGGUCCAACAAAUCCGCAGCACCGAUCUCAAACAAGCCGUGCAAGAAGGCCAAGCAGAUGCGUUUGGAUCGACGGCGUGCCAAGCUGGGUGACUCGGCCUCCAUCUCAACGAAAUCCGUUUCCCAGGAGAAGACUCUUCGCGACUUCUUGAACACAGACAGCGAGGCAAACAAACAUCGGCUAAAGAUCGUUUUGGUCGCUUCCUCAGACACAGAGCGCACUUGUGCCGAUGCAGUAAUCGCGUUGUAUCGCAAAUACCAAAUAACCGUUCAUAAUGAUAACCCAGCACGCCUCACCCUAGCUAGUAUGCAGCGGUUCUUGGUCAAAUCGCCUCUUAAGAAUGAGAAACCCAGGGAUGGUCCCGCAAUGGGCUACGGUUCGUUUCAUCAACAGUACUGGCUGGACGACAAGCUGAUUGCCGUGGGCGUGAUUGACAUUCUGCCGGGUUGUGUAAGCUCGGUGUACUUUUUCUACGAUCCGGACUAUAGCUUUUUAUCGCUUGGCACAUAUGGUUCACUCAGGGAAAUUGAAUUCGUGCAGUCGCUUGCCGAGAAUGUGCCUUCUCUAAAGUAUUACUAUAUGGGUUUCUACAUACACUCCUGCCCCAAAAUGCGCUACAAGGGCAAGUUGUCCCCCUCUUACUUGCUGUGCCCGGAGACCUAUGAAUGGCUACUGCUCACCGAUGUCAUUCGUGCUAAGCUAGACGAACAUAAAUACCAGCGCUUAAACGAAGAUCCUGCAGCUAGGGAUGUGAAUGAGUUCUUGAAGGAGCAUUUAGACGAAGUUAUGAUGCUCUUGGAUGCGAAAACCUGCACGAACUACAGGCACUACAGGCAGCUGCGCGGGGCUGUCUGCGAUGUCGAUACCAUUAUUGAGUACGGAAAGCUCGUGGGAAAAGCGUGUGCUCGUCGCAUGCUAUACGUGAAGUAAUGUUGCCAUUAAUUGAAUUUUGAAUUAUAUGCCCUUCGCAAUAGCAAUAUGUUGAAAAUAUAAAAUGAUUUAAUAAUUUCGUUAUUAAA